CAGAAAGCACUAAUGGCGGUACGAGCUUGCCUGUGUGAGAGAGAGAUAGAGUGGGAUAUUCGCUUCACGGAAGCGGAUAUAUCAGUUCCAUAAAUCCAGUAAACACAGCCAGCAGCAACCAUCACAAAUAAACACGAAUCUCUUUCUUGUAUUUCCUUUUCCUUUUUUUCUUUUUGUGUACCAGAGAAAAGGGACAAUCUACUCCAUGUUUAGAAGUAAGAAUGGAUUGAUGGAGGGGAUUUGGAGGGUGUCUUACUGGCCUCUCUAAAUUCCCUUAUACACCAUUUCUCUUGUUUAGCAAUUCGUAGUUACAGUUUGCAAAAUAAGUAGACAAGAUUAGUGGAGAAGGUAGGAGAAGUUCUUUGCUUGAAAUUGGAGCUGUGGGCUUGCUUUUUGUUGAUCAGGGAAUAAUGGUGAUGGAGGUUUCUUGAUUGGAAGCUGACAUCAGGUUUCUUGGUGAUACUGAUUAAGAGGCAAGCCUUCCUUGUCUUUCGUAGUCAUAGUUAUCCUCGGCCCAAGUUGAAAACCAAAAGAAAUAUUGGGCGUGGACAUCAAGAUUUCAAGCAAGGACUAUCUCCUAGUUUAGUUGGAUCAUUCUUCCACGUCAUUUGGCAUCAAGUGAUGCUAUAACUGGGCGAAUUGGAAGGGGGUGGAUCUUAUUUGGUUUGGCAAUCUCUACUUGGCAAUAUAAGUGAUCUUGUGGAGGAGUGUGUUAAAUUUGAUCACCAUCCUUAAUGCCGGUAAAAAUUCUCGCUUAGUCUCAAGACAAGUGAUUUGGAAUUCGUUACCGAGUGCGCUCUUCAAUCCUUCCACAAACAAAUUUCAACCCACUAAAUUUUCUGGUGAAACUUUUCAUCCACUCUUAGGGCAAAUCUUCUUUGGCAUUCCGGAGUCUUAGAACUCCAUCUAUCCCUAUAUUAUAGGGGCAAAUCUCCUUUGGCAUUUGGAGUGUUUCCACUCCUUUUAUCCCACCAUAAACCUCCCUUCAUUGGGCAAAUCUCCUUUGGCAUAUUAUCUCCUCUAGCGGAGGUAAUUUUAUCUAUAUAUACAUAAAUUAGAGGCAUUCUAGUUUCUAUCGAGCUAGGCUUCUAAUCCCUGUUUAAAGAUCACUUCGUCUGCAAAAGGUUACCGGUUGGAGCUAGAUCUCAUACAGCUGCAAAGUAAUUCAAUCGGAGUUGGCAUAAUGGAUUCGCUACGUAGCGAUUUCGACAGCUUCAGUGAGAGCAGCAGUUCGGAGGAUCAGGAGGACAUUGAGUUUCUGUAUGGUCCACAAGCCUGCAACAUUUUCUCAUCGCUUGAAGAAUCGAUCCAAAAGAUAGACGAUCUUCUCAUGUUCGAGAGAGGGUUCUUGAAUGGGGACGUAGUUUGCUUGGUUUCAGAUCCAUUAGGACAAAUGGGAAAGGUUGUCAAUGUGGACAUGAUUGUGGAUUUGGAAAAUAUGUUUGGUACUAAAACACAAAACGUUGAUUCGAGGCAUCUUCAGAAGAUACAGUCGGUUUCUGUUGGGGACUGUGUGAUAUACGGUCCGUGGCUUGGGAAAGUGGACAAGGUUGUCGAUCGUGUUUCCAUCCUGUUUGACGAUGGUACAAAGUGUCAGCUGAACGCCGAGGGUCCUGAGAGGAUCGUUGCUCUAUCUCAAGAUUUCAGUGAAGAUCUGCCGUAUCCAUUUUAUCCUGGUCAAAGAGUUCAGGUUGAGUCAUCUGUUCCAAGAUCCACUCGCUGGCUGUGUGAUAUUAGAAAGAACAAAUACGAGCAAGGCACCAUCUGUGAUGUGGAUGCCGGGCUCGUGUAUGUUGAUUGGCUCUGUUGUGCCGUUUCAAGUGAUGAGAAGGGACCUACUCCACCAUGUUUGCAGGAUGUGAAGAACUUAUCCGUGCUGCCUUGUGGUCAGACGAAUUGGCAGCUCGGUGAUUGGUGCGUUCUUCCGGUCGAGCAGAGCCUGCCGUAUUCUUAUGCAUCGGGGCUGCUCAAAGGUUCGAAACCAUCGGAAAUGUUUGUUGGUAAAGGGGACACGAGAGCUAAUUUCCAGAACAUCGCUGUUAUCGUGAAGACGAAGACUAAAGUCGAUGUGCUUUGGCAGAACGGGAGCCAAUCGCUCGGUUUGGACUCGUGUCUGCUCUACCCUGUGAAUAUUGUUGACGCUCAUGACUUUUGGCCUGACGUAUUUGUGUUGGAGAAGGGAACAGUGGAUGAUGACUCUCAAGUUACCAGGCCCCAGAGAUGGGGAGUCGUUAGAAGUGUGGAUCCAAAGGAACGAACUGUGAAAGUGAGUUGGUGCAAGUCCUCUCCGGAUCGGAUCGGCUCCAAGGAAGAACAAACAGAGGAGGUCGUGAGUGCUUAUGAGUUGGUCGAACACCCCGACUAUUGCUACAGCUUGGGUGAGGUAGUUUUUAGUGCCGAGAAGGGCAUUCUUGAUCUCUCAAACAGAGAUUCUCCGGACCUGACAAUACCAAAUGUGCACACGGGAGAAGGAGAAGAUUUGGGAGCUGUGGAAAACAAUGUAGAUCAGACAGUAUAUCUCAACAAGACGUUCCUAUCUCAGUUUGGGACUGUCGUUGGCCUCAAACACGAAGCUAUACAAGUGCAAUGGGGCACUGGUGCUGUUACUGAGGUCGCACCAUAUGAGAUCUAUAGAGUCGACAAAUGUGAAAGCGUAGCUGCUUCUGUGCUUGGUGACGAAACUGCUCAAACUCCGAUUGAGGAACUUCCGUUGAAGAACCAAAUUUCAGGCCAGAAGUCAAAGAAUGUAUUUGGUCUCGACGAUGACACUGCAAAAGACCAUGGCUCACAUUCUAUUUCUCAAGUUGUGCUGGGGGCUCUGACACGUGUGACGUCAAGCCUACUCGGGACUCUGGGUACGUCUCUGUAUAGUGGAUAUACAUGCACAUCAGAAGUUGGCGACGCUCCACACGAGGAGGAAGCACUCGAACUUUGCAGGUUGAACCUCGAUGCCCAAUUUCCAGCUGAAGAUGAUAUGGAAACGCCUGAAAAGAUGACUUCACUGCAGACCACACGAGCUAACGAUGAUAUCACUUUGCCCUCUGGCAGCGAGCAUUUGGGGUUGUUUAGGCGGUUUGACAUGGUUAAUGAUUGCUCAGACCACCACUUUGCCAACGAGUCUGGGAUGAACCUGCAGUCUCCUCAGAUGAAACGAAGCUGGUUAAAGAAGGUUCACCAAGAAUGGAGCAUUCUUGAGAAAGACAUUCCUGAAACGAUCUAUGUGCGUGUCUAUGAGGAACGAAUGCAGUUGCUCCGAGCUGCAAUUGUAGGCUCUGAUGGGACCCCAUAUCACGAUGGAUUGUUCUUUUUCGACAUCUAUCUUCCCCCAGAAUAUCCUAAUGUGCCACCGAUGGUUUACUACAAUUCUGGUGGACUUCGCAUCAAUCCCAACCUGUAUGAAUCGGGAAAGGUCUGCCUCAGCCUCCUGAAUACAUGGACGGGAUCCGAGAGUGAAGUUUGGAAUCCAGCAUCCUCAACUAUCCUUCAGCUCUUGCUCUCUCUCCAGGCCCUUGUCCUCAAUGCAAAGCCUUAUUUCAACGAGGCUGGAUACGACUCACAGGUGGGGAAAGCCGAGGGUGAGAAGAACUCAUUCAGCUACAACGAGAAUGCAUUUCUCGUCAGCUGCAGGUCGAUGAUGUUCCUACUACGCAGGCCUCCAAAGCAUUUUGAAGCGCUUGUGGACGAGCACUUUAGAAGCCGGUGCAAGAAUAUUUUACUGGCCUGCAAGGCAUACAUGCGAGGUGCUCUGAUAGGGAACCCAUUUGAGUGUGGAAAAGGUGAUGAGGAGGUUCAGAGAGGAAGCUCAACAGGCUUCAAGAUAUUGCUCGCGAAGCUCUACUCCAGGCUCGUCGAGACCUUCUCUGACAAGGGCAUCGACACCUCUGAUUUCUUGGACCAGGUUCCAUGAUAAUCUAUCUACCUAUACCUUGAAAUUAUGGUAUGUUACUAUUGUUGGUAUAUGAUUGUGUGUGCUAUGUAAUGUAAAUGAAUAUGUAUAAGUGGGGUUGAAUAAGUUCAUUCUACAUUACACAGACUACAGAAACUGAGACAUAAGUUUCGCUGAUUGUAAUAUAAAAAGGGGCUUGUAAUGUACUGCUACGUAUGGAUCCAUUGUGAUUUGUGAAAAUUAUGAAAUUGAAUGAAUAUUUAGCUAAAA